AUGUCCUCAUUUAAAGCCUUAUAUGGUUAUGAUGCUCCCCAUUUGGCUUUUCCUCCUACCAUCACUACUUCUGUGGCUGCUAUUGAAGAGUAUCUUAUACACAGGAAACCUAUGCUUGAUAUUCUUAAAGAUUCCGUAUCUGUUGCUCAAGCCAGAAUGAAGUUUUUUGCAGACCAAAACAGAACUGAGAGAUCCUUUGAAAUGGGAGAUUCAUUAUACCUGAAGUUGCAUCCAUACAGACAAGUAUCUGUCUCCCUAAGGAAGAAUUUCAAGCUUUCAGCUAAGUACUAUGGUCCCUUUACUGUCAUUGCUAAAGUAGGGAACUUAGCUUAUAAGCUACAACUUCCACCAGAGGCCAGAGUACACCCUGUGUUCCAUGUCUCCCAGCUUAAGAAAAAGAUUGGUUCUUCUUAUGUCCCUUCUCCAACAUUGUUGUAG